AUGUCGUUGGAGAUGGGUAGUGUAUCGCCUGACCCCUGCCGGCUGUUCAACGCGUCCCCUGGGCCCGCACCCAGCCCCUGUGACACAGACCACACACAGGGGGUCGUCAAAACAGAGCCAGUUGAGGAAGAUACAGUCGGUGAAUGUGGAGCUAUUGAGAGUGGUGACGAAGAGAGAGACACGAAUGAUCAAAAACCACAAGAGACAAAAACACCUGUGUCAGACUUGAAGUUUUCCAUUACGAACAUCUUGAAGCGUGAUGACACGGUGAUUGGUGAUCGCGAGGAUUACCCUGGGCGUGGAGCCUCCGGUGAGCUGGGCGGCACGGCUCGGCUAGCAGAGGCUGGCGGGAUGAUGGAAAUGAGCGCUGGUGAGGAUAGAACCGGGGAAAGAACAAAGAGAAACCGUACAACGUUCACCACACGUCAGCUUCAGGAGUUAGAGAGAGCCUUCCGCAAGACACACUAUCCCGACAUCUUCAUGCGGGAGAAACUGGCCAACCGAAUCAAGUUACCAGAGUCCAGAAUACAGGUGUGGUUCCAGAAUAGACGAGCCAAGUGGCGGAAGAGGGAGAAACACAUCCCGCCGGGAGGGGUCCCGGGGUUAAGGAUGUCCCUGUCCCCUCAGUGGACGUCACAACAACACAGUGGACUCGUGAACAUUGUAACAACCACAAAUUUAGUUAUUUCUGGUCCGAAUUUGGCUUUUUAA